AUGUCUAUUGAACAGUCUAAACCUUUGGCGCUUCCACCUGCCCCCUCCGUAGAAUCGGAGGAUGAGUCGGGCAAUUCCACCCCUCGGGCUAAAAAGCCUCUGGCACUCCCGGAACCAGCCAAUCAAACGAUUGCUGUGUCCACCGACCACGCCCUUUACAACAUAGAAGCGUCUUCAACGCAGCCAAAGGCCCAAAUCGUUACCUCAAGCCAUGUAGAGGUCCCCGCUGCUCCGCCGACGGCGACUUCCAGAGACCAGUACCUGCCUCCCGAGGAAGAACCAGAUGAGCCUGAGCCCCAAGUCAAGCCCAGUCGGCCGGCCAUCACGGUUGAGUUCACAGAUCCAUCCAUCAGGAAAGUUCUGGAUGCAGAGGCUGCGAAUUUCGUCAACUUCCUGAAGAAGCGCCUUGCCGAUAUGAAAGGCGAGGACCAUAGAGCCAAGAAGGAUGUAAUGGCAAACAACUAUAAGCUUAACUUUGUGCGUGAAUUGGCUACGAAAGUCAAGAAAUCCGAGGCCGUAUCCGAGCUGGAUGACCGCGCCACGAAUAUUGACAUGUUGAUUAUGAACAAAAAAGAGGACCUCUUCGACGUCAUCUUCAAUGCUGCCGUGAAUCGCCUCACAGAGGAAGAGACUUCUAGAGCCAGCGCGCCCCAGCUCAACGACCGAAACCGACGAGCUGCCGUCACGAGGAUGCUGCCGCUAAUAAACAACAACGCCACUUACUACGACAUUCUCGAGAUUCCCAGCACCGCCAGCGACGAUCAGAUCAAGACUGCCUUAAAAAAGAUGGCGAAGCUUGUGCAUACGGACAAAAACGAAGACAAAAUGGCGAAACUCUGUAUGCAAAAAGUAAACGACGCGAAGUCUACGCUUACAGACCCACGAAAGAAAGCAGAAUAUGACCGCCAGCUGAGGGGAACUAGCCAACAGAGCAAGAUUCCAACUGCCACCGUCGAGGUCAACGAAGAGUUUGAUGACAGCGCCUUCGGCAGAAACGGGGAUGAUGACCCGAGUUCUGAUGAAGAUUUCGACGACGACGACGGCGUGAUACCGGAAAAAGACCAAGAAAUUGAGGCAAUUCACAGCAAAUACGCGAAAGGUAUUAUGGCGUACCUUUUCAACGGGACCAACUCCAAAAUCGAUAUCAAGAAAAUGAACGGAAAGAUCAAGAAGGCCAAUGAAAACAAAGGACGGAGGGGGGAACUUUACCAGAUGAGCGAGGGUAUCGCGACCCUCAUGAGAGACGAUUUGAACUCUCUCCAAACCAAAAUGAAACCGGAAGACGCCAAAGUGAAGGCAGAAGGCGUUAAAACUACCUUCCGUCGACAAUGCUUGAAUGAAUACAACCAAUGGCCCAAGGCAUGGGCAGAUGCUUUCGGCAAAGUUGCCGAUCAGAGGCUGGUUGCGCUGACUACAUACAACCCCAAUGAGCCCAAGAACGACGCCAGCAAACGUGAAGGCAAGCAGGGCAACAGAAAUAGCAGCCGCGUGAAUCAAGACGUCAACAUGGAAGAUGCUCCUGGUGGUUCUGCAUCGAAUACCGGGCAUGAUGCAGGCAUGGGACAAUCCAUGGAUGUAGACGAAGAGCACGUCUCUCCCAACAGACCCAACGAAGACUCUGACUACAAUGCAGGCCAGGACGGCAUGGACCAGGACAACAUGGAUCAAGACUACAUGGACCAGGACGGCAUGGACCAGGACAACAUGAAACAGGAAAUACCACCCCCAAGAGAGACGCAACUGCAGCAGGUAGGCAGAACACCGUUAGGGGACAGAAUCCUGGGCUGCUGUGUUCUCGAACGCAAAUGUAAAGUUACGGGGCAGAAAUCACCUGUAGGGUGGCGAUUCGUUGUCGAGGUCCCCGAGGCCAAUCCCGUCAAACUGGUCCCGGGCAGCGAGCUCGGGUACGAGGCAACCCGUCUUUAUCACGAACUUCCAGAAGAGCAGAAGAACAUCAUUAACGGCAUGGAAGAAGUAUACAAAGACGUCAGACCUAACCUUUUCGUUGGCAUACGUGGCGUUGCUUUCUACAGGCUAGGAACCAGCGGCAUCUGCUACGUUUGGGUCGAUAGACAAGACGACCCGAACCCGCAGAAAGCCCACAUCCUGUCCCGAACAGCACUUCGAGCCUGGAUUGGCCACAAGCUCGCUGAUAAAAAGAUCGACGACUUCCUCGUCAAAAGAGGAGUGAGGCCAAGCUGGGCGCCGACGUAUGGACAGUUGACGUAUCCGUCGUAUGACCGGAAUUAUUUGGAGCUUGCGUAUCCACGUGCCAUCCAAUCCCCAAGUCGUCUACUUCGAAGUGGUGAUGCUUACAAUAUGCAGCAGCAAAUAGUCGUCGCCAUACAAGAGCUAGUGAAGAUGUCGAUCGAAGAUAGAAAGGAGAGACGGGAGGACAGAGCGGAGAACAGGGAGCUCAUGGAAAGGCUUCUUAUAAAAUAG